AUGGACAACGCGGUAGCAACACCAACAACACCCACAACAACAGCUACAACUACAACAAGUUCCCUUGAUCAAACUCAUGAUUUCAUGAACGUUGACUCCUUCUCUCAACUUCCCUUCAUUCGGCCCGCUCCCACCACCAGCACCACCAAGCUUUCCUCCUCAUCCUCCGCCUCCGGUAUCCGCCUCUUCGGCAUAGACUUCUCCUCUUCCUCCACCACCGCCACCGACAACUCCGACUCUGGAGACAGCAACAACCUUGAAACCUCCAAAGAUACAAACAAUAACAUAAACUCUCUCAAUACUUCUACUAAUAAUAAAGAUACCAUCAAUAACAACAACAAUAAUACUAGUAGUGAAAGUGGUAGAAAAUUCGAAUGCCACUAUUGUUGUAGAAACUUCCCUACUUCCCAAGCCUUAGGAGGCCACCAAAAUGCUCACAAACGCGAACGGCAACACGCUAAGCGGGCCCACCUUCAGUCCGCCAUGAUGACGGUGGACCCCACGCACCACCACCACCACUUCUACAGCUUAGCUAACAAUUACUCAAAUCGCGGUACUAUCACUAAUAACUCUUACUACCCUACAUCACUCUCAAACACAAACACCGCUACUAAUAACCCUAGAUACGCCUACCACCAACCACCGCAUCAUCCGCCCACAAUAAACGGAAGUCCACUCGCUGUGUGGCGAAUCCCUUCCGCAGUCCAUUCGCAUUCAUCCCUCCAUCAAAGCAACCAUCAUCUUCAUCAUAGCAGUUACGCCUCGAGUGGAAUUCAUCGUGACCGUCCAUUGAACCACCCUUUGAUUGGUGGAUCUCAUCAUUCUCCCGGGUUUAGUAGUAGCAUUGAUAGUAAUUCAGCUGCUUCUUUAAAAGGUGGUACGAAUAAUGUUAAUAUGAAUAUGAAUAUGAAUAUGAACAUGAACAUGAGUUUGAUGAAUUCUAGUCAUCAAAAUCAAGUACGGCGCAACAGUAGUGAUCAAGUGAGUUUAGAUCUUCAUUUGUAA